AUGUCUCUUUCAGCCGAAUAUCUACACAGUGUCGACCAUUCCAACUUGCCCAGCGGCGCAGAGUCGGACGAGGACCUCGACUUGGAGGAGCUUGAUCCGGAGGCGGCGGACAUUCGUGGAAACUCCCGCAAUUCGCGUGAUGAUAGCAGAAACUCGAGGGGCUAUGGAGCUCAUAUUGCGCUGAGGAACCUGCGCACCGGAGGAAGGAAUCGGUUAUGGGGGCGAGAGACAUCAGGACGACGCAGGGAGUCAGAGGAUGAUCUCAGCGGCCUCCUUGAGGAACCUAAUGAUGGAGGACGAUAUUCUCAAGGAAGUUCAAAUCACAACGAAGACGACGCACCUCUCCUGAGCAGUCGCAGGCGGAGCCGACCUCUCACUCCAAGGGAUGACGAUCACCGUUCAUCCAAGUUACGGCUCCCCAGUUUCAGACCGACAAAUCCAUUCCAAGACUCCAAUCGCAACACAGGACCAGUCGACGAUGGCUCAGAGAACAAGCCAGCACGAGAAGUCCUGAUUAUACCGGUCCUUCGAAUCGGAUACAUGUCGUCAUAUAUCGCACCCCUGGUCUUCGUGGUCUCCAUCUCGUUGGGCAAAGAAGCAUACGAUGAUAUUGGGCGAAGGAGAAGGGAUGCAGAGGCCAAUUCUGAAGAGUUCACUGUCUUGUCAUUUGGACAACCUGCGCUAGGAAAUGCGCACGGACAUUCACGAGCCGCCUCAAGGAGUGAUUUGGACACGGAUGUGUUUGAGAUUACCAAGAAAUCUAGAGACCUAAAAGUUGGCGAUGUCUUGAAAAUUCGUAAAAAUCAACGUCUGCCAGCCGAUGUGGUCAUAUUAAAAAGCACAUCGACCGAAUCCGCUGCCUCCAAGCGCCAAUCGUCUGCGAACGAUGGACAGACUCAAGAGCCUGUGACUGACCUUUUGGAGCCAAUCGCGGAAACGCCAUCAGUCCAUCAAAGUACACCGUCAGGGAUGAAUGGAUCUGCAGAAGAUGAUUCGGAACUGGGUAGCACCAGUGAUACGUUCAUUCGAACCGAUCAACUUGAUGGUGAGACUGAUUGGAAACUCCGCCUACCCUCUACUCUGUCCCAGACUCUCCCAGUCAGAGACUUUACAAGAUUAAAGAUUCAAGCGGGUCCUCCUGACAAGCGAGUCAAUGAGUUUGUUGGCACGAUCGAAUUGGCACCACCGCCCUUCAGUUCGUACGAUCCUCCUGUCAGCAAGCCCCACAGUCCAGUAUCGCCGCAUGACACCAGUGCGAAUCAAGGUCAGGGGUCCGAGCCGCAGGUCAUGUCUGCACCUCUGAGCAUCGACAAUACGGCUUGGGCUAAUACUGUGCUUGCAUCGAAUACAACAACGCUUGCAGUGAUCAUCUACACUGGCCCACAGACUCGAUCUGCUCUGUCUACAUCACCGUCACGGUCCAAAGUUGGUUUGCUGGAGUAUGAGAUCAACAAUCUAACCAAGAUCCUGUGUGUUCUAACGCUUGCCUUGUCUGUUACCUUGGUGGCUCUGGAAGGGUUCCAACCGACGAAUGACAAGGAAUGGUACAUUGCCAUCAUGAUCUAUUUGAUUCUUUUUUCGACAAUCAUCCCCAUGAGUUUACGUGUCAAUCUGGACAUGGCCAAAACUGUCUAUGCUCGUUUCAUCGAAAGAGAUCGAGGUAUCCCGGGGACCGUCGUUAGGACGAGUACAAUCCCAGAAGAUCUCGGUCGAAUCGAGUAUCUUCUUUCAGACAAAACGGGGACGUUAACUCAAAAUGAAAUGGAACUGAAAAAGAUUCAUGUCGGCACUGUCUCGUACGCCAAUGAAGCCAUGGAAGAAGUUGCAUCCUACGUUCGACAAGGAUUUUCGGUUCCUUCCUUACCCGACAACUCACAUCCGUCUUUGAUCACUCCGUCUUCAGUCUUCGGCGCCCAAGCUGGACUAGGCGCUGCUACACGGACUAGACGAGAGAUUGGUUCCCGUGUUAGAGAUCUCGUUUUAGCGCUCGCAUUGUGCCACAAUGUCACGCCAACGACGGAUGAAGAGGACGGCCGCAAGGUAACCAAUUACCAAGCGUCAUCACCUGACGAGAUCGCCAUCGUUAAGUAUACCGAAGAAGUCGGGCUUCGGUUGGCGUAUCGCGACCGCAAGAAGAUCGUCCUUGAGUCCACGCACACCAAUCAAGUGGUCGUGCGCGUCCGCAUUCUCGAGGUCUUCCCAUUCACGUCUGACAGCAAGCGGAUGGGGAUCAUUGUCCAAUUUGAGCAAGGCGAUGCGGCACCCGAUGCAUCUAAGGACGACAGCGAGAUUUGGUUCUACCAAAAGGGAGCGGACACCGUCAUGUCUUCGAUCGUCGCAGCCAACGAUUGGCUCGAUGAGGAGACGGCCAACAUGGCUCGAGAGGGACUCCGGACCCUGGUCGUUGGCAGGCGAAAGCUCUCCCCCCAGCAGUAUCAGCAAUUCUCCGCCAGCUACAAACAGGCAUCUCUCGCUCUACAAGGCCGGGAUGUAGGGAUGGCUAAGGUCGUUAGCGAAUACCUCGAGCGGGAUCUGGAGCUGUUGGGGGUGACCGGUGUUGAGGACCGGCUUCAGAGGGAUGUCAAGCCGUCCCUUGAGCUGCUUCGAAAUGCUGGCGUUAAGAUCUGGAUGCUCACUGGUGAUAAGGUCGAGACGGCACGUUGUGUGGCCAUCUCGGCGAAGUUGGUUGCCCGGGGUCAGUAUAUCCACACGGUUGCAAAGGUGAGAGACAAAUCCGCCGCACAGGACGCGCUUGACUUUCUGCGGCACAAGACGGAUGCCUGCCUCCUCAUCGAUGGAGAAUCGCUGUCUCUCAUGCUUAGCCAAUUCCGAUCGGCCUUCAUCUCCGUGGCGGUUCUUCUGCCGGCCGUGAUUGCCUGUCGAUGCUCUCCAACGCAAAAAGCAGAAAUCGCCGAGUUGAUCCGACAACAUACGAAAAAGCGCAUAUGUUGCAUCGGGGAUGGAGGUAACGAUGUGUCGAUGAUCCAGGCGGCAGAUGUGGGAAUCGGGAUUGUUGGCAAGGAGGGUCGGCAAGCGUCCCUUGCAGCCGACUUCAGCAUCACGCAGUUUCAUCACCUCACGAAACUGCUGGUGUGGCAUGGCCGCAACUCGUACAAACGAUCGGCGAAGCUGGCGCAGUUCAUCAUGCACCGGGGACUCAUCAUCAGUGCGUGUCAGACCAUGUACAGCAUCGCGAGCCAUUUCGAUCCCAAAGGGCUCUUCAUCAAUUGGCUGCUGGUGGGCUACGCAACCGUGUACACGAACGCGCCCGUCUUCUCUCUAGUGCUCGAUCGAGACGUGGAUGAAGAGCUGGCCAAUCUGUACCCGGAGCUGUACAAGGAGCUGAAGAGCGGUCGCAGCCUGAGCUAUCGAUCCUUCUUUGGCUGGGUGUUGGUUUCGGUGUAUCAAGGCGCUGUCAUUCAGGGUCUUUCUCAGAUUCUGGUGGAUGCCAUCACGGGCCCCAGGCUCAUCAGCGUGUCAUUUACGGCGCUGGUGCUGAACGAGCUGUUGAUGGUGGCGAUCGCCGUGACCACAUGGCAUCCGAUCAUGAUCUUCUGCCUGGUGGGGACGGCACUGGUGUACGCGGCCAGUGUGCCGUUUCUGGGGGACUACUUUGAUCUGGAGUACGUCAUCACGCUGGAGUGGACGCUGACGAGGUGUUUGUUUUACGUUUUCCCUUCUAGCAAGGGUAUUCCCCCUUUCCUGUUCUCAGAUAUCUACCUAAGCACGUACCCAUAUCUCUAUCAUUUUGGUUCUAUAUCCUCAAUGGACUCUGCAUUUUCCAUGUGA